AUGGCAUCUAUUGAAGAGAUAAGGAGGAUCUGGGGUGAUGUUCUCGGCAUUGAUCCUGAUGGAAUUGGUUUGGAUGAGAAUUUUAUAGACUUGGGGGGUGAUUCCGUGAAAGCCCUACAGCUUCUUGGCGAGAUAGCAUCCCACAAUGUCGAAGUUGAUCUAGAAACCUUCACAAACACUGGAACUAUUCAGACCCUCUGGAAUGCUUUACAUAGCCGGACCGGAAAUGUACAUAACACGAAUGGACGCGGCUAUAACGGAAAUAAAGAAUCAAGCGUAUCACAAGCAUCUCCUUCUGGUACAAACACCAAACUCGAAAUAGACUACGACGAUUCAGCCUGGAAGCAAGUAGAACUUGUUCAAGAUAGUGUCCUCUCCACGGCUCCAGUCAGUCCAGUACAAGGUUUUUUCUUAGAACUAGGAUUGGCUGGGUACAUUGGUCUCAUCAACUACAUCUUCGAAGUGGAGGGCUCGGAUCUGAAACAUGGCUUGACAACCCUCGUAAAUCUUCUAGAAUCUAAGAAUCCCAUCUUUCGUACGGUUAUUGCGGCUACGAAAGAUGGGAGCUUCGCACAAGUUUUGACUGCGAAGAGUACUUCAUCAUGGUUUUUUUCCUCCGACCUUGGCACCUACUUAGAGAAAACCAUGGCCCAGAAGUUUGAGCUGGCAAAGCCAGCUGUACAAUACGCUUUGGUCGUCGGGGACCCUGCCCAUAAAGGAAGCAGCUUCUUUGUUAUCUCAUUACAUCACACUCACUGCGAUGCAUUCUCCCGAUUUCUCAUCAGCAAGGAGAUAUCACAGAUCCUAGAGUCGCCAUCAUGUUACGCACAAGAUGGAAACCCUAAACGCCCAUGGUUUGGCGAUUACGUCAAGGACGUCCAGCUAAAAGCCACGAACGAUAAUGCCACCCUGUUUUGGAAUACUUACCUGCGCGGCGCAAACUUACCCAACAUUCAUCCUCCUGAUAAAGCGACAAUCAACGGCGAGUUGGAUGGUGCUAUCAUCGAAAGAAUCCAAGCAUCUGCCACCCCGGGCAUUGCGAACAGCCACUCUAGAAAUCCAACACAAAUAAUUCUUGCAGCAUGGGCUAUGGCUUUAGCAAAACUAUCGGGGCUUCGAGAUAUCACGUUUGGGCUCUGCCGUCACGGUAGAUCAUCUGGCUCUUUCAUGGAUGUGAGACGUGUAAUGGGCCCUUUGGUGAAUGCGCUACCUUUCCGCGUUUCUCUUACCUCCAAUGAGGAAUCAGUUCCUGAACUGCUGCAGAGGAUCCAGACCGAUAUCACAACCACAAACAAAUGGGAACAUGGAUUCUCCCCGAGCAUUUUUCCAAGUGCUGACGGAAAUCCAUGGGUACAGUCACUCGUUGACUUGAAGUCAGAGCUGCAUGGAAUGAGGAAUGGUCUUUCAGCGAAAGAUGAUCAAUCGGCUAUAAGCAAGAUGACUCCAAGGCCAGAUUUAGAUAUCUAUGAUAUGAAGAGUCAUUGGGCAGUUUUGCUAUCUAUCAAGCAACAGAAGAAUGCAUUCCAGGUCUCGAUGUACUACCAGAAACCUCUCCUCGACGACGAAAAGGCAGGGGUCUUGUUUAACCAUUUCCGCGAUAGCAUUCAAGCUUUAUCUACCGCAGAUGAUAGUGUAGGCAAAUUAUUGGAAUAG